CGUUCUCCCCCUUUUUCCUCUGUCCUCGGUUUUGAGUGGUCACCGGGUUAGCAUUUGAUUUAGGAAGCGUUUUGUCUUGCUGGAGAGAAGAGAAAGGGGCCGCUGUUCCGUUGUAGGGCUGGCUGAGAUUGAAGCGGGCUAUUUUGGUGGGAGCCAGACUGCAAGGGAGCAUUAGACGGAGAGAGAGCCAGGGCGAGCGCACAGAGCAGCACACACAGAGACGCACAGAUUGAAGCAGCGCUCUAUAUGAAACUACUCAUAUAUACUGGAUACGCGCAACAGAUCUGCGGGGAAGGAAACGUUUGCCCUAAUCACUCUGAGUGUUGCUGUUUUCUAUUAGCAAUGACAGUGGAAUCUCAAAGUAAUCUCCGUUUUUUAAUACACGGGCGUGUUUAAAUGAGAUUCUCGAGGCUCUAUAGAAUGCACUCUAAUUAAUGACUGUCACCAGGACUCAGUGGAUUCGUAAAGUUCAUUUCUAUAACGGAUUCACCACUGUCUAAAUCGAGCUGUUUUGGAAUUACUUUCACAGCAUUUCCAAAGGGAUUUCUUCAAAAUGGAACCUGCUAAGAAAAUGUGCGUCUAUUAUAUCAGAAUAUGGAAACUUCUCGCGUUUAUUGCUGUGACCACACAAAACGUUACAGGUAAAACAUUAAAAUAUCAAGUUUACGAGGAACAGAUGGUGGGGACUGUUAUUGCAAGACUAAAAGAAGACGUGGCUGAUGUGUUGGUCAAACUUCCCAGUUCUGUGUCUCUGCGCUUCCGAGCCAUGCAAAGAGGUAGCACGUCUUUCCUCACCGUGCGCGAGCAGGACGGAGAGAUCAGCAUCCGUUCCAAAAUAGAUAGAGAGAAGCUCUGUGAGAAGAACCUCAACUGUUCCAUCGAAUUCGAUGUUCUGACGCUUCCAACAGAACAUUUGCAGCUGUUCCAUGUCGAGGUGGAAGUGUUGGAUAUAAACGAUAACGCACCCCAGUUCGCCCGUGCGGUCAUACCCAUAGAGAUCUCAGAGAGCGCGGCAGUGGGUGCGCGCAUUCCGCUGGACAGCGCGAGUGACCCCGACGUCGGGGAGAACUCUCUAUAUACGUACUCCCUCGAGCCUAACAACUACUUCAAGAUUGACAUUCAGUCAAGAACGGAUGGAGCUAAGUACUCCGAGCUGGUGGUGCUUAGGGAAUUGGACAGGGAGAUGCAACCGGGUUAUGAACUUCAGUUGACGGCCUCAGAUAAGGGCGUUCCCCCUAAAACCGGUUCUACUCUCCUUAAAAUUAGCGUAGCGGAUUCAAACGACAACAGUCCAGUUUUCGAACAGUCGUCCUAUGUUAUCAACCUACUGGAGAAUUCACCAGUUGGCACUCUACUGAUUGAUCUCAAUGCCACUGAUGCAGACGAGGGAACCAACGCCAAAAUCGUCUACUCUUUCAGCAGUCACGUGUCCCCGAGAAUCGUCGAAACCUUCAAGAUCAACGCGGAUGACGGCCACCUUACGCUCAUGAGGCGGGUGGACUAUGAAAGCGUGACGUCAUAUGACAUCGACGUCCAAGCCCAGGACAUGGGCCCUAACUCCAUGCCAGCGCACUGCAAAAUCAUCAUCAAAGUCGUGGAUGUCAACGACAACAAACCUGAAAUUAGCAUCAAUCUGAUGUCACAGGGGGAGAGAGGGAAAGAGGAUGCAGCCUUCAUCUCCGAGGCAGCUCCAUUGGACACCUUUGUGGCUUUAGUAAGAGUGGAGGACCUGGACUCGGGGCUGAAUGGGGAAGUUGUGUGUAAACUCCACGGCCAGGGUAGUUUCAAACUCGAGAAGACGUACGAGAACAACUACAUGAUCCUGACCAACGUCUCGUUGGACCGGGAGAAGAGGUCAGAGUUUAGUCUGACGGUCAUCGCCGAGGACCGUGGCACGCCCAGCCUCUCCACAAUCAAGCACUUCACCGUGCACGUCCUGGAUGAGAACGACAACACCCCGCGCUUUGAGAAGGGGCACUACGAGAUCUUCAAGUCGGAAAACAACGCCCCGGGGGUCUACCUGACGUCGCUGUCGGCGGCUGACCCUGACCUGGACGGCAACGGACAGGUCAGCUACUCCAUCGUUGAGAACGCCGUCUAUGGGAGUUCCAUCUCCACCUAUGUCACCAUUGACCCGUCCAAUGGGGCCGUGUACGCCCUGCGGACGUUUGACCGCGAGGACGUCAGCCGGAUAUCUUUCGUGGUCCAGGCCAGGGACGCUGGGGAACCCUCGUUGCUGAGCAAUGCCACCGUCGUCCUCACGAUUCUGGAUGAGAACGACAACCCGCCGGUCAUCGUGGUUCCCCAGCUCUGGAACCUGACUGCCGACAUCCCCGUCUCCAAGUACGCCGAGGCUGGCAGCCUGGUUACUGUCGUCAGGGCGACCGACCGCGACACCGGCGUCAAUGCCGAACUCACAUGCUCCAUUGCCUCAGGCAACGAGGAUGGCUUCUUCGCCAUGGACCCUAGAACGUGCGAGGUCCGUGUCAACGCCAGCCUUGGCGAGUACCCACGCGAAUUCGCCGAGGUCACCGUCCUUGUCAGUGACCACGGCUCUCUGCCUCAGACCUCCAAGGCCAUCCUGAAGAUAUCCCUGUACGAGAACAUGGAGAACCACAUCCAGGUGUUGGACCAGGGGGAGAUGCCACUGGACGCAUCCCUGAUCAUCAUCAUCUCCCUGGGGGCGAUCUGCGCCGUGCUCCUGGUGAUCAUGGUCGUGUUCGCGGCCCGCUGCAACCGGGAGAAGAAGGACACCAGGAACUCGUACAACUGCAGGGUGGCAGAAACCAACCACCAGCACCAUCCGAAGAAGCCGUCCAGGCAAAUCCACAAAGGCGACAUCACACUGGUCCCCACGGUAAACGGGACCCUGCCGAUCAGAGCGCACCAUCGUUCGCCCUCGGCCACACCCCCAAUGGAACGGGCGCCAAUGGGCAGCCGGCAGAGCCACCACAGCCGCCAAUCACUGAAUAGUCUGGUGACUAUAUCGUCCAAUCAUAUCCCGGAGAGCUUCGCCCUAGAGCUGGCCCACGCGACACCACCAGUUGAGCAAGUCUCACAGCUUCUGUCCAUGCUCCAUCAGGGCCAGUACCAACCCAGACCCUGUUUCCGUGGCAACAAAUACUCGAGAAGCUACAGAUAUGCAUUACAGGAUAUGGACAAGUUCAGCCUGAAGGACAGUGGUCGUGGGGACAGCGAGGCCGGGGACAGCGACUAUGACAUGGGCCGGGAGUCCCCCAUCGAUCGCCUGCUGGGGGAGGGCUUCUCUGAGCUCUACCACCUCGACAUUCACCACAGAUUGCACCCAGCCAUGCGUCUGUGCACAGAGGAGUGCCGUGUCCUGGGUCACUCUGACCAGUGCUGGAUGCCUCCCCUCGCUCUCUCCCUGUCCUCCCCCACCUCCUCCUCCGACUACCGCAACAACAUGUACAUCCCCGGCGAGGAGUCCUCCAACCAGCCCCCCCUCCUGCUCGAUGACGACCAGACGUCCGUCGACUCCUCAGAGCGCAGGAGGAGCUUCUCCACGUUCGGCAAGGAGUCCGGUACCGCCGGCAACGAAGAGGGCGGAGUCACCGAAGGGAAUUCCCUGCUCUCGGAGAUGAACGGGAUCUUCCAGCGCCUCCUCCCGCCAUCCCUGGACUCGUACGCCGAGUGCAACGAGAGCAACGUCGCCGCCGCAGCCACAGCGUACAAACCGGAGGGCGGAAACGGCACCAACGGCAAAGGGCCACUGCCGGGCGGCAACAUUGCCAAAGGCCCCGCCUUCUACCCGGUGGGCGUGGCAGCGUGGGCGGCCAACACCCAUUACCUCAACCCCGGGGGUGGCGCCGUCGGGCAGACGCCAUCGUGUCACCACGCCAACAGCCUCGCCAACAUGACCGCCCCCUCGUCGUCGUCGUCCUCCUCCUCCUCCGCCGCCGCUCAGCCGCCACACCUGAGAUGGCUGCCGGCCAUGGAGGAGAUCCCGGAAAACCACGAGGAGGACGAGCUGGACGGCGUGCUGGGUCACCUGGGAGGGAGGCAGUGUGGCGAGAGCCGCCACGAGAUGAUGGACGCCAGCGAGCUGGUCAACGAGAUCAAUCAACUACUGCAGGAUGUCAGGCAGAGCUAGGGGGGGGGGGGGGGGGGCUGUUAUGGACAUGUAGGGACAAAUAGAGACACGUUUAGAAAAUCCUUCUCCAAAGGCAACGCUGCUGUUUCCUGGUGUUCAGUUUAUGUGAGAGGCCAAGGAACAGCGAGCAGGAACGAGUGAGGCCAAGGCACUGUUGCUCCUAUUGAACAUGUAGGCGUUGUGCGAACGUUACCGAGACAUUUAAAAUGUUGUUCGGACACUGUGGUUAGUUUGGCGGGUGGUCGGGCCACAGGUCAUCGGCACUUGAACCAACGCCCAGAGUCAGUUUUCUUUCUCUCUUUUUUUCUCAUUUGUUUACAACAAUGUGAAAGAACUGUGGGAGAAAAACUAAAUAGUGAAGUGUUUGCAUUUAUAAUGUACAUUACUGUGAAAUGAGCUUCACUCAGUAUCUUUUGUCAUAUGUAUUUGUGGUCACACACACUUAGUUAACCACAGUGUGCUAGACAUUGUGGCUUGUACAACAACCUUUGUAUUUUAAAAAUACACACAUUUUCUACUCUAUGUGGUUCUAUCUAUAUUUAUAACAGUGUUAUGUAUGUUUGUACAGAAAAGAAAAGAAAAAAGAAAAUGUCUAUUUUUUAUAUUUUCCACUGCAUGUAUCAUAUACUAUCUAUCCAUGUUUUAUUUGUUUUUUUUAAUGUUUAUAUACGUGUAAAUGAUAAAUAUUGCAUUUCUGGUUAUUGAAAUAGUGAGUCAAUCACAGGUCGACCUGGUGUUCUGUCGGCAGUUUGUGAGUGUCCUGUACGGUGUGUAUCGGUAUUCAUUGUGAACAAUGAAUUGGAAAUAAUAAACCUGAAAUCAAUGAGGGCACAAAGUUCCAAUCACUUAAUAAU